AUGACAGAACAAGCACCACGCAUCGCCUGGAUAGGCCUAGGUCAUAUGGGCAGAGGCAUGGUCAAAAACCUCGUCGAGAAGGGUACCUACACCUCCCCCAUCCUAAUCUACAACCGCACCCCAUCUCGCACCGAAAAACUCGUCUCCACCCUCCCCUCGGACAAAGCCAAAGCCAUACACUCCAUCUCAGACGCCGUAAAAGGCGCCGACAUAAUCUUCACCUGCGUCUCCAACGACGCCGCCAUCUCAGAAACCAUAACCUCCGCGCUGAAAGUCCCCGAAGCGAAAGGCAAACUCUUCGUCGACUGCUCCACCGUCCACCCCGACUGCACCGACAACCUCGCAACCCAAAUACAAACCGCAUCCGCCCACUUCGUCGCCUGCCCCGUCUUCGGCGCACCGGCAAUGGCCGACUCCGGCUCCCUCGUCUGCGUCCUCGCCGGCCCCAAAGCCGCCGUCGACCGCGUCCUCCCCUACUGCAAAGGCGUCAUGGGCCGCGCGGAGAUAAACUACACCAACCAACCGCACGGCUCCGCGACCCGGCUCAAAAUCAUCGGCAACACCUUCAUCCUGCAAAUGGUCGAGGCGCUCUCCGAGGGCCACGUGUUGGCCGAGAAAUCUGGCCUGGGCACGGAGAAUUUGCACGCGUUUAUUGAGACGAUGUUUCCGGGUCCUUAUACGGCUUAUAGCAAGCGGAUGAUGGAGGGGGAUUAUUGGAAUCGGGAGGAGCCGUUGUUUCAGGCGGGACUGGCGAGGAAAGAUGCCGGGCAUGCGUUGAGUCUGGCGAGGGAGGCGGGGGUGAGGAUGAAGGCGGUGGAGGUGGCGGAUGGGCAUUUGGAGAGGGUGGUGGAGCAUGCGGGGGAUAAGGGGGAUAUUGCGGGGAUUUAUGGGGCGGUUAGGGAGGAGGGGGGGUUGGAGUUUGAGAAUGAGGUGGGGAUGUAG